AUGUUGGAUCUCCAUCGCGUGCCGUAUGAGACGCCAUCGCUGGCCCAAUUCACGCGUAAGGACAUCAUGGGCUCGAGAUUCGAAAUCACACAGAGCAAGCUAGGUACGACGGGUUGGAACCCGUUGGGAUGGGGAUAUCUGGUCUCGUCUGGUAUGCUGUCAACUCCUAUCACCUCAUAUGCAAUGUCUGAUGAGCCCUUCGACCAAAGCUCAGCAAAAGAUCAAAUCUUAAAUCGAACAGUCGCCGUCAAAAAGCUUUGCGACCCAUUUAGGACAGCAGUAGUUGCGAAACACAUGUUCCGCGAGAUUAAGCUGCUUAUCGAGCUUAAACAUGAGAAUAUUAUCAAUAUGCAGGACAUAUUUGUUUCGCCUUCCGAACAGAUCUAUCUCGUGACAGAACUCAUGGUAACAGAUCUCCACACUCUGCUGAAGACCAGAAAGGUCGACGGCCAGUUCACUCAACUUUUCGUUUAUCAAAUCAUGCGCGGACUCAAAUAUAUCCAUUCAGCGGGCAUCAUACACCGCGAUCUUAAACCGAGCAACAUCUUGAUUAACGAGAACUGUGACCUAAAGAUUUGUGACUUCGGCCUAGCACGCACCCAGGACUCCCGUAUGACCGGUUAUGUCUCGACUCGAUACUACAGAGCUCCAGAAAUUAUGCUUACUUGGAAGCGCUAUAACGAGAAAGUCGAUAUCUGGAGUGCAGGUUGCAUUUUCGCCGAGAUGAUUAUAGGACGACCAUUGUUUCCAGGAAAAAAUCAUAUUGACCAGUACUGUGUAAUCACAGAGCUACUUGGAAGCCCUUCAGAAGACAUAAUUGCAAAUGUGAGCAGUGAAAAUACGCUGAAAUUCAUUCAUUCUUUACCGAAGCAAGCGAAGAAGCCUCUCAAAAAAUUGAUUCCUACCAAGAACGAGGAUGCGGUUUCUUUGCUCGAGGGAAUGCUUCAAAUCGACGUAGAAAAGCGCUGCUCGGCAGAAGAAACCCUCAAAACACAAUAUCUCGCACCGUAUCAUGAUCCGCAUGACGAACCUACAGCGGCAGAGAAGUUUAAUUGGGAUUACUGUGAAGCAGGUCUCUCCACUGCUGAGUGGAGAACGGUCAUAUAUUCGGCGAUUCUCGCUUUUCACGACAAAUCAAGCGAGAACUCGAGUGCAGUGACAAAUUCUGUUGAUGAAAUGGAUACAAGUAGCUAG